GUGACCGCUUCCGUUAAUCGGUGCUGUUGGGAAAUCUCUGCUCGGUGUCGUAACGGUCUGAGAGGAGGAGCGUGGACCGGAAUCCGCCUCUACUUCCUGCCCAGAUCCACUCACUUUCUGCGCUUUUUACGCACUUUCUAAAGUGUGAGCAGGCACCGGGUCCGCUACGGAGCAGUCCGGUUCCGACCCGCCUCAGUUGGUUUGUUUUAAUCAGGUAAAUUACCGUUAAACGGGAUCGUUAAUCACCGGAACAGACCCACUCCGCGCGGCUCAGUUUGGAGGAGUUCCCGGACCGGAGGAACCCGGAGAGAUUUACGGAUGUGUGAGAGCCCUGGUUGUUAAUCAUCAGAACCCCGCUGCUCCCGGGGCUGCCCGGUAACCGGAGAUUACUGGUCCAGGACCCCGGGGCUGCCCGGUAACGGGAGAUUACUGGUCCAGGACCCCGGGGCUGCCCGGUAACUGGAGAGUACUGGUCCAGAACUCCAGGCAGGCUCAUCUGUCGCGGACCUGCAGCUCAUGGCGUCCUUCACCCUCUGUGUCCUCCUGGUUCUGAUGAACUGGACCUCAUCAGCUGUCAGUCAGUCCAGCAACCCGACAGAGCCGAUGUGCUACGACUGGGGCGAGUCCAGCAGCGGGGCGGUCUCCGUCCUGGAGGGGGAGGUCGGGUGGCUUUUUUGUCAUCUUUUCUCUCAUCCCUCCGUCUACAACUACACCUCUGCCCAGAGCACUGGACACAACCUGUUCUGGUACCGCCUCCUGGACGGCCACGAAGUGGAGCAGCCAAUAACAUACAGCUCCCGUUUCACCAAAGACAGAGAGAGGCUGUGGCUGCAGCCGGCCAGUGCCGACGACACGGGCCAGUACAUCUGCAUGCUGCGGAACAAGUCAUCCUGCAGUAAGAUCGCCAUGCGUCUGAAGGUCCUGAAACAGGACCAGGUAGUCCCCUUCACCGGCUGUGAGCCUCACAGCCUGGUUGCCGUGGCGACAACUCAGGAAUUCAUCCCUUUUCAAGAAGGGAAGAAGUUGAACUGUCCAGACCUGAAGGACAUCACCACCAUGUCAGAAACUACGCCAACAGUCUCCUGGUUCCACAAAGCGCUGGAAACCUCAAAGUGUCACAAGUAUCCGUUCUGGGAUCCGUCCCGGGAGCAGAGAGACAACAGCCUGAUGUUCUACAACAUGAAGGAGCCAUUUCAGGGUCUUUAUUUCUGUGUGAUCCGGUACCAGCGGAGAGGUCAGGUUCUGAACUUCACCCAGAGCAUCAACGUUUCUGCCAUCUAUCCGCUCAUGGUGUCCAAAGUCCCCAGCAUUCUCCAGCCAACCAAGGACAAGGUCUUCAGCGUCAGGACAGACUCUGAGGUCAGUCUGGUCUGCAGAGGUCUUCUAUCUUUUGUCCUCGGCAAUUCUGCCAGCUCCAUCUGGUGGACUGUCGACGGGAAGACGGUGGAACAACUCGCCAACAACCGAUUCAGUCAAAAGAACAGCGUGGUGAACAACGACUACGGAGACCGGACGGAGGAGAGUGUCCUGCUGAUUCAGGACUUCCAGGCAGAAGAUCUGAACCGCGAACUGAACUGCUCUGUGAGGAACUCAUUGGGCUUCAUGACCCGCAGAGCUCAGCUGGAAAAGGAAGUGUCUCUGCCCUCUGUGGAGCUGGGGUGUGGUCUCGGGGUCAUUCUGGUGCUGAUGCUGCUGCUCUUCGUGGUGUAUCAUGUCUUCUGGUUGGAGCUGCUGCUGAUCUAUCGCUCCUGGUUCGGUACUGAUGAGCGGCACACAGAUGAUAAGGAGUAUGACGUAUACAUCUCGUAUGCGAGGAACAGUGAGGAGGAGCAGUUUGUUUUGUCGACGCUACGCAGCGUUCUGGAGAACGAGCUUGGAUACUCGGUCUGCAUCUUCGACAGAGACAGCCUUCCCGGCGGGACCAUCACAGAUGAGACCCUGAGCUUUGUGGCUCGCAGCCGGCGCCUCCUGGUGGUCAUCAGUCCCGGGUACGGUUCUCAGGGCUCCCAGGCUCUGCUGGAGCUCAAGGCUGGCAUCGAUGGCAUGGCGCUAGGCGGGCAUCUACGGGUCAUCUUGAUCCAGUACAAGCCAGUUCAGAGGCAGCGCUGGGUCAGGGAGCUGAGGAGGGCUCGUGUGGCUCUGGCAACAGUCCAGUGGCAGGGGAACAAGUCCAAAGACCUCACGUCCCAGUUCUGGAAGAGGCUUAGGGUGGAGCUUCCUGUGAGGAGAGUCAGCUGCCAAGAGGCAUCUCUGAUGAGACUCCAUAGUCAGAACAGUACCAACUCCCAAACGGGCCUCAUCAGCAGCACAGACAAAAACUCAGAGCAGUGGCACAUCCAGAACGGUCUCCAUGGGGAGGAGCAAAACAUCUGGGCAGGGUGAUAAGGCUGGAGCUCCUCAUGAAAACUUUCACAAAAACACUUUAUUACAGAAGCUAUUUAUUUAUUCGUUAUGAAGACAGUGUGCCCCUCUGCAGAUCCACCGCAGAACAUCUUUACCUGCAGAGCUGAGCGCGCACCCCUGCAUGUCGGAGGGCCGCUCCACCAGAACCAGAACUGAGUUAGCUGCUAUUUGAUGAUGUCAUCAAUCUGCUGAAAUCCACCCUGAGACCCUUUUCUGUUUGUUUGUUUUAAUGCGUGAAGUUGGAUCAGAAGCUUCAUCUGUGUUCUGGUUGACCCAAAUGCUCCUUUAGCAUUAGCAUGUGUUAGCAUGCUAACUAGUUAGCAGCAGCACCGUCACAUGAAAACCAACUCCACUUACGUCAUCCUCACAAGAUCCAAACUCUUCCCAGACUUAAGGUCCAGAUGUCUUUUCACAAAAGCCUUCUGGGAAUUUCUCCCACUCUGACCUGGGAAACCUCCCAGCUGUGAGGAGGCAUCUGCCAGAGCUUUCUGGAGAGGAAGAGGGAGGCGGGGUGCUGCGAUGCGUUAAGAGGCAUCUCCUAAUCAGAUCUGUUUACAUCUAGCCCAAACGUUAGUUAGGUUUGAGUCGAGGGUUGGAUGGAACCGGCGGCACCAGCAGACGGGUUCUAACAGAAACAAGUUGUUGAUUCAGACCAGAAGCAGCAGGGGAGUCCAGGUACACAGGUGAGCAAACCAUUAGGACCACGCUCGUGUUCCUCCUGCAACGGCUGGUUCUGUUUGCAGAAGCAUGAAACAGAACUGGGUUCUGGAUGACAAGCUGGACCUAGUCUGGACCACCAUCUCAGCUUCCAGAACACGUGAGACCUUCAGAAUCCCGAAUGGAUCUGGGCUGAGAAAUAUUUGAUGUUCUGCGGAAAAAUAGUUUUUUAGGGAGGUGCUGGAGAAGGAGAUGAUUCCUUGUUAAGUCUCAGGGAGUUCUGAAGAAGAAGAAGAAAAUAUCAUUUCUAAAGCGCCUCUCAAGAUAAAAAUCAUGAGGCGCUUCAACAGAAAAUCCAGGUUUUUAGAGAGAAUUAGAUCAUUGAGCCGGAAGGACUUAUUGUUAACAGAGUAGGUGUUUAAUAGAGCCAUGCUGAGUGAGGAGGAGGAAUCAGAAACUACAGAAACAGCUGGAGUUAGUGGACGUAAUUUAGCCGGGUUAGAUCCACGGUGUUUAUAAAAACCUCUUAUGGAGGGAAGAGGAGGAGAAACCACUGAGGAAUGAGGAUAAACCGACCUUAAAAAACUUGGACGGAUGAACCGCGUCGCAACGCGGCCUGGCGGGAAUGCGGAAGUAGCGCUCAGGUCACCAAACAAAGGACAAGAAGCUAGAAGAUCACGCCGAUGUUUACUAGAUAAACCACGCUUUAAGAAAAGUCUUAUUCUCACCUGGAUUCCUGCUCGUUUACCUCUUUUCCUCCGACGUUUUCCUGGGACUGGACAAACAUCGCUGGAGGUGCGUAGCUCGGGACCGUCGUUUGGCUCCGGGCCAGUGCGCCACUCAGGUAAACAAACAGGGAGGUACGUCCUCGGUGCAUCUCGGGCGAUCGUGAACGAACGGAAGGACAAAAGAGUCUGGCGAUCAUAGGAGAUGGUAGCAGGGACACUACUGAGGAGGAUCACAGACAGGAGCAAGGUGGAAAAGAGGAGGUUAGUGGAGAAAAGUUUGAAAAAGUGGCCGGUGACUGCGGCUAAGCCAAGCACAGGCGCCAUCUUGUUGCUGACUGGAAGCGGUCUUCUGGUGUUGGUUCUGGUUCUUCAUCUGAGCCUGAAGGUGGGGCCAUUAAACCUGAUGAAGUCCUGAAAAGGAGACCAGAGUCUGGAAGGCCUGAUCCAGUCUGACAGUAAAGUCCUCAUCUCCUCACGUCUUAUUAAACGAGGUUCUUUUUGCUUGGGACAAAAAGGUGUUUCUAAUUACCUUUAUACGUGUUUUGACUGUCGUCUGCAGACCGUGUCCGAAGCAAAAAACCUCGUUUAAUAUUUAAAAAGAGGACAUAACGAAGAUUUUAAAGGGUCCUAACAUCUUAGUUCUUCCCAUCAAAGGCAGGAAGACAUGGAGACGAGGAGUCAAGACGCCCUUCAGAACCAUCAGAACUGGGUCAUCUGAGUGUUUCAUAGGAGGGUUCUGCUGUUUCUCACAUUCAGUUUAUUUAUAUAACACCAAAUCACCAUACCAUACCAUACCAUAGUUUAUUUAUAUAACACCAAAUCACCAUACCAUACCAUAGUUUAUUUAUAUAACACCAAAUCACCAUACCAUACCAUAGUUUAUCUAUAUAACACCAAAUCACCAUACCAUACCAUAGUUUAUCUAUAUAACACCAAAUCACCAUACCAUACCAUAGUUUAUCUAUAUAACACCAAAUCACCAUACCAUACCAUAAUUUAUUUGUAUAACACCAAAUCACCAUACCAUACCAUAAUUUAUUUGUAUAACACCAAAUCACCAUACCAUACCAUACCAUAAUUUAUUUGUAUAACACCAAAUCACCAUACCAUACCAUAGUUUAUUUAUAUAACACCAAAUCACCAUACCAUACCAUACCAUAGUUUAUCUAUAUAACACCAAAUCACCAUAUCAUACCAUAGUUUAUCUAUAUAACACCAAAUCACCAUACCAUACCAUAGUUUAUCUAUAUAACACCAAAUCACCAUACCAUACCAUACCAUAGUUUAUCUAUAUAACACCAAAUCACCAUAUCAUACCAUAGUUUAUCUAUAUAACACCAAAUCACCAUACCAUACCAUAGUUUAUCUAUAUAACACCAAAUCACCAUACCAUACCAUAGUUUAUUCAUAUAACACCAAAUCACCAUAUCAUACCAUAGUUUAUCUAUAUAACACCAAAUCACCAUACCAUACCAUAGUUUAUCUAUAUAACACCAAAUCACCAUACCAUACCAUAGUUUAUUCAUAUAACACCAAAUCGCCAUACCAUACCAUAGUUUAUUCAUAUAACACCAAAUCACCAUACCAUACCAUAGUUUAUUUAUAUAGCACCAAAUCACCAUACCAUACCAUAGUUUAUUUAUAUAACACCAAAUCACCAUACCAUACCAUAGUUUAUUUAUAUAACACCAAAUCACCAUACCAUACCAUGGUUUAUUUAUAUAACACCAAAUCACCAUACCAUACCAUACCAUAGUUUAUCUAUAUAACACCAAAUCACCAUACCAUACCAUGGUUUAUUUAUAUAACACCAAAUCGCCAUACCAUACCAUAGUUUAUUUAUAUAACACCAAAUCACCAUACCAUACCAUAAUUUAUUUGUAUAACACGAAAUCACCGUACCAUACCAUAGUUUAUCUAUAUAACACCAAAUCACCAUACCAUACCAUAGUUCAUUCAUAUAACACCAAAUCGCCAUACCAUACCAUAGUUUAUCUAUAUAACACCAAAUCACCAUAUCAUACCAUAGUUUAUCUAUAUAACACCAAAUCACCAUACCAUACCAUAGUUUAUUCAUAUAACACCAAAUCGCCAUACCAUACCAUAGUUUAUUCAUAUAACACCAAAUCGCCAUACCAUACCAUAGUUUAUCUCUAUAACACCAAAUCACCAUACCAUACCAUAGUUUAUCUAUAUAACACCAAAUCACCAUACCAUACCAUAGUUUAUCUAUAUAACACCAAAUCACCAUACCAUACCAUAGUUUAUCUAUAUAACACCAAAUCACCAUACCAUACCAUAAUUUAUUUGUAUAACACCAAAUCACCAUACCAUACCAUAAUUUAUUUGUAUAACACCAAAUCACCAUACCAUACCAUACCAUAAUUUAUUUGUAUAACACCAAAUCACCAUACCAUACCAUAGUUUAUUUAUAUAACACCAAAUCACCAUACCAUACCAUACCAUAGUUUAUCUAUAUAACACCAAAUCACCAUAUCAUACCAUAGUUUAUCUAUAUAACACCAAAUCACCAUACCAUACCAUAGUUUAUCUAUAUAACACCAAAUCACCAUACCAUACCAUACCAUAGUUUAUCUAUAUAACACCAAAUCACCAUAUCAUACCAUAGUUCAUCUAUAUAACACCAAAUCACCAUACCAUACCAUAGUUUAUCUAUAUAACACCAAAUCACCAUACCAUACCAUAGUUUAUUCAUAUAACACCAAAUCGCCAUACCAUACCAUAGUUUAUUCAUAUAACACCAAAUCGCCAUACCAUACCAUAGUUUAUCUAUAUAACACCAAAUCACCAUACCAUACCAUAGUUUAUUUAUAUAGCACCAAAUCACCAUACCAUACCAUAGUUUAUUUAUAUAACACCAAAUCACCAUACCAUACCAUAGUUUAUUUAUAUAACACCAAAUCACCAUACCAUACCAUGGUUUAUUUAUAUAACACCAAAUCACCAUACCAUACCAUAGUUUAUCUAUAUAACACCAAAUCACCAUACCAUACCAUGGUUUAUUUAUAUAACACCAAAUCGCCAUACCAUACCAUAGUUUAUUUAUAUAACACCAAAUCACCAUACCAUACCAUAAUUUAUUUGUAUAACACGAAAUCACCGUACCAUACCAUAGUUUAUCUAUAUAACACCAAAUCACCAUACCAUACCAUAGUUCAUUCAUAUAACACCAAAUCGCCAUACCAUACCAUAGUUUAUCUAUAUAACACCAAAUCACCAUAUCAUACCAUAGUUUAUCUAUAUAACACCAAAUCACCAUACCAUACCAUAGUUUAUCUAUAUAACACCAAAUCACCAUACCAUACCAUAGUUUAUUCAUAUAACACCAAAUCGCCAUACCAUACCAUAGUUUAUUCAUAUAACACCAAAUCGCCAUACCAUACCAUAGUUUAUCUCUAUAACACCAAAUCACCAUACCAUACCAUAGUUUAUCUAUAUAACACCAAAUCACCAUACCAUACCAUAGUUUAUUUAUAUAACACCAAAUCACCAUACCAUACCAUGGUUUAUUUAUAUAACACCGAAUCACCAUACCAUACCAUACCAUAGUUUAUCUAUAUAACACCAAAUCACCAUACCAUACCAUGGUUUAUUUAUAUAACACCAAAUCACCAUACCAUACCAUGGUUUAUUUAUAUAACACCAAAUCACCAUACCAUACCAUACCAUAGUUUAUCUAUAUAACACCAAAUCACCAUACCAUACCAUGGUUUAUUUAUAUAACACCAAAUCCCCAUACCAUACCAUACCAUAGUUUAUCUAUAUAACACCAAAUCACCAUACAAUACCAUGGUUUAUUUAUAUAACACCAAAUCGCCAUACCAUACCAUAGUUUAUUUAUAUAACACCAAAUCACCAUACCAUGGUUUAUUUAUGCAGCACCAAAUCACCAUACCAUACCAUAGUUUAUUUAUAUAACACCAAAUCACCAUACCAUACCAUAAUUUAUUUGUAUAACACCAAAUCACCGUACCAUACCAUAGUUUAUCUAUAUAACACCAAAUCACCAUACCAUACCAUAGUUUAUUCAUAUAACACCAAAUCGCCAUACCAUACCAUAGUUUAUUCAUAUAACACCAAAUCGCCAUAUCAUACCAUACCAUGGUUUAUUUGUAUAGCACAUUUAAAACGCAGCAUGGGAGCUGCCCAAAGAGCUGCACAGGCUAAAUCAAAACGCGAACAUUCUAAGGAACUAAAACAAAAGAUAAAAAUACCAGUCAAAAGCAGAUAAAACAUGAUGAAUACUAAGAACACAUUAAAACACUAAAACGAGUCACUGUCUAAAAGCCAAAUCGUAGAAGUGGGUCUUUAAACGAGAUUUAAAAACGGCCAGUGAUGGAGCCUGCCGAACUCCAAUGGGCAACGAGUUCCGCAGCUUUGGGGCCGCGUGCACAAAUGCUCGUUCACCCCGCGAUUUGUAUUGCGUCCGUGGCGUACACAGCAGCAAAAGGUCAGCCGACCUCAAGGUGCACGUGGGUACACAUGGAGAGAGCAGGUCAGAGAGAUAGGGAGGGGCCAGGUCGUUGAGUGAUUUAAAUACAAAAGUCAUUAACUUAAACUGUACCCUGAAAAUGACAGGGAGCCAGUAAAGAAGUUCCAGGACAGGGGUAAUACGACUACGUCGGUGUGCAUUCGUCAAGAACCUGGCAGCAGCGUUCUGGACGACCUGCAGCCGAUUCAGGGCAGAGACCGGAACACCAACGAGGAGGGCGUUUGCGUAGUCAAGGCGAGAGGUAAUGAAGGCAUGGACAACUGGCUCCAAAUGCCUCCGUUUCAGGAGGCGAGUCAGGCAGCGAAGCUGAUAAAAGCAAGACCUCACUACGGAGUUUAUCUGUGGGGCCAUUGUGAGUUCAGCAUCCAGCUUUACCCCGAGACUUGUCACACGCUGUUUGGGGUUAAGGGUUAAGAGGUCACAAACGGGGUGAGAGCCAUGGUGGUUGCGGGGGUCAAAAACAAUAAACUCAGACUUCUUUUCAUUUAACUUUAAGAAGUUGGAUGCCAGCCAGCCCUUCACGUCAUCUAAACAUGCAGCCAACCGCGAGCCUGCAUUCUUCUCAUCCAUUUCUAUAAAUCACAACUAGAACUGUCUCAAGGCACUUCACAAAGUAAACAUUCCAAUUCAGUUCAGUUCAUUUAGCCAAUUAGUUCAGUUUCCUUUUUAAAAAAUCCAGCAGGUUGCUUCGAGUCGGUGACUUGUGUCAGAGACUUCACAGCAAUCCUCAUGGAGAGGAAAACUCCCUUUUAGCAGGAGGAAACCUCCAGAGGAUCCUUGCUCAGUAUAAGCAGCUGUGCAAACCAGAUAAACAGCAAAAUAUUGAUGUUUAAAUCAUUUAAACAGUCGAUCAGUGCAUCUGUCUCAUCUGGACUCACUCAGAACGUUUCCUCCGGAUUCAGAGAAGACAAGGAAAGGAGACCAGGGGAGGCGCCUGCGGGACCGAAGGUUAGCUGACUUCUCCUGGUUCUCCUCAUCAGGACCAUAAACCAUUUCCAUCUCUGCCAUCGCCACUGGGAGGGAUGAAAUCAGACCUUUUGACUCGUGUUUGCUCUGCUGAUUCAUUUUGAACAUGUAAUCCUGAAUGUUUUCCUGACUGCUGCGUCACGUCUUGUUCCCUCACUUCCUGUGGGGGAAACCUGCUUUAGCACGUCACCGAGGCUUGGACGUGCAUCCACUUUUAACAUUUUUUAUUGGUGCAUUUGAAAUGACUUGUGACAUUUAAAAGGACAACCAGAGCACAGAACAUACGGAAACAAGUGUUUGGUUAUUUAUUUAAUGUAGUGAAACUUCUUGGUGAUAAAACUGACACGGAUGAAAGUCUAAUUAUUUUUGGUUUUAAUGGAUCCACAUUCAAAGGAAGUUCGUUAUCUAGGUCAAAGAUUUCUUUUUUUCUGUAUUAUUUUCAUUUGAAUUAAAAUAACAUUUUACUUUAAAGGGGACAUGCACCGUUUUUAAUCAAGUUAUAACAGUUUUAUGUCAACAUAAAACACAUUUAUAAAGUUAUGAAAAAUAGAAAAAGUGCUGGAAGUGCUGCAGGGGUGUGAGAAAUUUUAUCUGGUGCUCUUCAGCCAAGGGAUCCACAUAAAUGUCGGCAAAAGGACAUCUGAGGCACUCAAGAGAUCAAAAAUAAAAAGUCUUUAUUAGUACAUGGCUCAAAUAGUUUAAAACAUAAAUGCCGACGCGUUUCAGCCCACAGGGCCUUCGUCAGGCCUCACAAUGUUUGUAUGUUCUCUCACUUUCAUCUUAAGAAGGCUAAUCAGUGACACCUGCUGAAGUUGGGCAGGUAGACAGCGUUAUGAUUGGAUGACCAGUAUAACACAAAAAAACUUUAACAUCUAAACAAUCCUAUUGUGAGGAUGAAUACUUACAAAUAUUAAAUUUCACUUAUAGAAUUUGAGAAAAAAUUAUAAAUAUGGUACACAGAUGGUAAGAAAACAUGAGAUUAUAAAUAAGGAGCGAAGUCUAAUUCUCCAGUAAGACCUGGGAAAUUAGUAGCUUUUAGUGUGUAAAUCCAAAAUGAUUCUCUUUGCAAGAGAUUUUUAAGCCUAUCUCCUCUAAUUGAAUGUUUUAUAUGUUCAAUCCCUGUGAUUUUAAGAGAGUUGCAGCUUCCAUGAUUUGUGUCUUUAUAAUGCACUGCCAUAGAAUAUAGAGGAUUACCAGAUCUGAUUGCUUGUUUGUGUUCUGCAAGUCUUGCUUUUAACCAUCGACAUAUAAAUAUUGGACAAUGAGUUUCCAUAGGCUCCAAUAAUACAUUUUUGUGCUAAAAUGGGAGGUGGCCACCAACGCCAUUUUGACCGUGCCACAGGUUCCGUCAAGCCCAGGCAAUUCCAUAAAAGGGAAGAGAGGUGGAGCUGAGGGUGGGGCUGUAAGGCUGGGAUCAACUGACGACACCCGGUCUAACUAGCUACAAGCUUACCUGAAGCUAACCCAAAGCUAACACGGAGGUGGGAGCUAAGCUAACGGAGGUAGCAACCUAGCUACAACUGGAGUUAACUGUGCACAUCACCAGAGCUUCUGAGUCAGAGAUACGCCGGGCUGACCGCUGGGUAAAACCAGGUGGAACACAGAGGUCUCCGAGACCUCCACAAGCCGGCAGCCGCACAGCAGACAAGCGCCGCUGUGAUCUGAGAUGUGCAGAGCUGCCGCUGGGGAGAACCUGGUGCAAAGGUUUCCAUCCCAGAUCUCCACAAGCCGGCAGCCCACGCAGCAGACAGAAGCCGCGAUCAGACAGAGAUGCGCCGAGCUGCGGGGAGGGGAGAACGGGUGGAAAACAUCGGUCUCCCAAGAGCUCCACAAGCUGAUAGUGGGAACCCAGCUCCACCAACAUGUUAUAUUUCAACCCAUUUUCUAAAGUGCAGCAUUAUGUUAAAUGCACUGGGUUUUACCCUAUUACAUUUACAUUUCAUGGUUAAACAGUACAUGUUAAAAUCUAAGCUCAGCUCGGCAGUGACCUAAAAUACAUGAAUAUAAUUUUACUUACUUUAUGACGGUGGCACAGGAGUUAAGUGCUCGCCCCUUAGUCAGAAGGUUGCCGGUUCGAGCCCCGCUCAGUCUGUCGCUGUCGUUGUGUUCUUGGGCAAGACACUUAACCCACGUUGCCUGCUGGUGGUGGUCGGAGGGACUGGUGGCGCCAGUGCUCGGCAGCCUCGCCUCUGUCAGUGCGCCCAGCUGUGGCUACAUCGUAGCUCAUCCCCACCAGCAUGUGAAUGUGUGUGUGAAUGGGUGAAUGACUGAUUGUGUUGUAAAGCGCCUUGGGGGGUUCCAGGACUCUAGAAGGCGCUAUAUCAAAUACAGGCCAUUUACAUUUUACCGAAAAAAAAUGACGUGGAGACUCCUUGGACGCUCUAUUAGUGCAAUUAAUGCCACAGCAAGUCAUUUUGUCCAACAAUUGCACAAAAAUAUCCAAACAAGAAUACACAAACACAGAGACUCAAAAUCCCGGAACAGUUUCCAGGCCAGACCGAGGCUCUACUGAGGCCUUUCCACGGAGCUAGCUCUGUGGUCACGUGGGUCUGAUGCUCAUUAAUUAUACAGAAUUUUAGACUCUUAAUACACUUAAACAGAAGAGUGAGAAAAAAAUGCACCCCCCUCAGAGUUGUCAUGAGUGUAAACUAGAUCAUUUAAACCAAAAACAUGUUUUGGUACCAGGCUGUAAACAUGUUUAUUUCUGCUGUGAAAUUGGUAUUUUUAACAUGGGAGUCAAUGAGGAUUUGCUCGCUCCUGACACCAGCCCCUAGUGGAUGAGGGUGGAACUGCAAUUUUUGGUACUUCAGGGUUUGUCUCAAUUUUUGAGCCGCAUUGUGGGGGCUUGGUUUUAACUUACGUUUAGUUCUCCCAAUAUGGAAGCAACCACAAGGGCAUUCUAGUCUGUAGACCACGAACGAAGUAUUACAAGUGAUGAAUGAAUCAGUGUAAAAAGUACGUCCUGUGAAAACAUCAGCAAAACAAUUAGUAUUAGUCAUGUCACAGUGAACACAAUUUCCACAUUUAUAGUUGCCUUUUCGAGUUGAUAACCACGUUUUUUGUUGCUGUGAAGGAAGGUGACUUUGAACAAGCUGAUCAUUUAAUGUUGGGGCUCGUCUGAAGCCGAUAGUAGGAGUAUCUGGGAGAGCUUCCCUAAGAAUACUGUCGCUUUUCAGUAUGUCCCAGUUUUUUGUAAUUAGUUUUUUUGAUCUUGUUGGCUUGAUCACUGAAUUGGGUCACAAAUUUUAUAUAUUUUGUAUAUUCCUAGUUGGGACGCUGCCCCCGCGACCCGGACCUGGAUAAGCGGAGGAAGACGACGACGACGAUUUAUAAUCUCAUGUUUUCUUACCGUCUGUGUACCAUAUUUAUAAUUUUUUCUCAAAUUCUAUAAGUGAAAUGUAAUAUUUGUAAGUGUUCAUCCUUACAAUAGGAUUGUUUAGAUGUUAAAGUUUUUUGUGUUAUACUGGUCAUCCAAUCAUAACACUGUCUACCUGCCCAACUUCAGCAGGUGUCACUGAUUAGCCUUCUUAACAUGAAAGUGAGAGAACAUACAAACAUUGUGAGCCCUGACGAAGGCCCUGUGGGCUGAAGUGCGUCGGCAUUUAUGUUUUUAACUAUUUGAGCCAUGUACUAAUAAAGGCUUUUUAUUUUUGAUCUCCUGAGAGCCUCAGAUCUCCUUUUGCCAACAUUUAUGAAGUUAUUUGCCCCAAAUCCCUCUGACGUUAAGCAAUCUCUGUUUUAUUCUUGACAUUUUCAGUACCUUCCAGAAAGAACCAUUUUAAAGCUUUGUCACUUUAAAAAAUCAACCUGGAACUGGCCACACCCACCCAUGUUCUGAUUGGCUGCUAUGGUCAAAUCCCAAUACUCACACUUCCACCCUUGCACCCUUCAAUUGCCCGAUCCCGACCAGGGGAGCGAGUGUGUAGGGUGUCCCGAUUCUCAAGUGUGGAGGUCGAUCACGCCCCUUUUAUGCACUUGAUCCACACUUCACCCAAGUCUGCAUCGAUGCCACCUUGGGUGAAAGGUAUUACCCACAAUACACUGCUGCGGAAGAAAAGACUCGAGUUCCUUUUCUGAAAAUAUGUAUUUUCUAUUAGUUGAUGCUCUAAAACUUUUAGACAAAGCAGCAACAAAUGUCAGUUUAUUUCAAAUAAUUGUUUGAAAGUUGUUGAUAAAGGUUUUUAAAGAAAGAAUCACAGUGAACGGCAUCCCAACGUGCAUUGCGGUCGAUGACACAAUGCUCCCCAUCUCAAUUCUGCAAUUAUUUGCGCACUUGUGUACCACGCACUCGAAACCCUGCAGCGCACUUUCUCCAAGUGCACUUUGCUGAAGACCGCAGGGUGCAGUGCGAGUGUUGAGAUUGGGCCUACGAAAUGAGGAGCUUGGAUAUCUGGGAGGGGCUCAGAGUAGAGCUGCUGCUCCUCUUGCGUGGACUGGUCUGGUUGGUUUUUAAUUAGUUUUUUCAUUGUGACAUCACAAUCAGGAACUUUUUGAAAUGGCUCAUUUUGGGCACACAAGUCCUGACGCCAAAUGCUGAGGGAAGACGGAUGUUUUUUUAUUUAUGAUUGGAGUGUGUAGAGAGACAAAGGUGAGUUUUGCACAUGUCCUCUUUAAAGAAAUCUUCUGAUUAUCUGAAAAACUGGAGGUUUUAUAAUCCUGUUGUAAGAACGAUUAAUUAAAACCGUAAAAUCUG